CGCAAAGCGCUGAGUCAUGGUGAGGCCGCUGGAGUGGCACCCUCCGAACCUGCCCUCCCUGCGCUCGGUGCCCGCUCCGCGCGUCCCCCAGCCCCGCGGAGGCUCCAGGUGUCGCCGCAGCCUCGUUCCCGGGCCGCCGCUGCCGCCGCCUCAGCAUUGGAACACUGUCUUUUUAGACUUCAACAUGGAGUCCUUUAAGAAGGUUAUUCUCUCGGUGCUCAGCCGGGAGCAGUCAGAAGGGGUCGGAGCUCGCGUCCGCAGAAGCAUUGGCAGACCCGAGUUAAAAAAUCUGGAUCCGUUUUUACUGUUUGAUGAAUUUAAAGGAGGUCGACCAGGUGGAUUUCCUGAUCACCCACAUCGAGGUUUUGAAACAGUAUCUUACCUCCUGGAAGGGGGCAGCAUGGCCCAUGAAGACUUCUGUGGACACGUUGGUAAAAUGAAUCCGGGAGACCUGCAGUGGAUGACCGCAGGCAGGGGCAUUCUGCACGCUGAGAUGCCUUGCUCAGAGGAGCCAGCCCAUGGCCUGCAACUGUGGGUUAAUUUGAGGAGCUCAGAGAAGAUGGUAGAACCCCAGUAUCAGGAGCUGAAAAGUGAAGAAAUCCCCAAGCCCAGUAAGGAUGGUGUGACAAUUGCUGUUAUUUCUGGAGAAGCCCUGGGAAUAAAG